CGGGAAAAUGGCGGAUGUCCCAUAACAGCCGGACUGUGAUCAGUGCUGGGAGGGAGAGGAUCAUUCCCCCUCCGCCUCCCUCUGCACGCGGGAGCAGGAACGACUAACCUACCUAACGCCCUACCUCGGGUCACCCCGCCCUCCUGUCAGCAACCCUCAGGCCCGUGUGCGGCGGAGUCUAGCGCCCGAUGACCCAUGAGCUCGUGCAGGGUCCUCCUGUGCGGGCGGUGCUCCGGGCGUCUCAUCGUCACCCGCCGGGCGCCCGCCGCCGCCGCCCUCCUCCUCCGCCCGAUGCGGGCGUCUACGCGAGCCGCCCAUUACGGGCCUGGUAAAGCGGGCCGCUUCAGACCGGGCAAGGUGGCCGUGGUGACCAAGACCACCCGCUAUGAGUUCGAGCAGCAGCGGUACCGGUACGCGGGGCUGUCGGAGGACGAGCUGAGGGAGCUGCUUGCACUGAAAGGCUCCAGUUACAAUGGGCUGUUACAGCGACACACCAUCCAUUCAGAAAACGUGGAGCACGUGGUGGAGAGUCUACGGAAGGAAGGCAUUGAUGUGAGGGUGGUGAAAAGGCGAGACUACGACGAGGAGACGGUGCGGUGGGCCGACGCCAUCAUCUCUGCAGGAGGGGACGGGACAAUGCUCCUCGCUGCCAGCAAAGUGCUCGACAAGUCUAAGCCUGUGAUUGGUGUGAACACUGACCCAGAGAGAUCUGAAGGCCACCUCUGCCUACCCGUGCGGUACACUCGCUCUUUCCCGGAGGCACUCCACAAGCUUUAUCGCGGUGAGUUCAGGUGGCAGUGGCGUCAGCGGAUUAGACUGUUCCUGGAAGGCACCGGCAUAAACCUCACCCCUGUAGACUUGCACGAGCAGCAGCUGAGCCUGGAGCAGCACAGCAAGGCCCAUAGCGUUGGGGGUCAGCAAGAGCAAACUUCUGCAACUACUUCGGGGCCCCACCUUUUACCUGUCAGAGCAUUAAAUGAAGUAUUCAUCGGGGAGUCUCUGUCCUCAAGGGUGAACUAUAAGUUCUGCAAACCACGUUUUACCUUCUCGCUUCAUAGGGCCUCCUACUACGAGAUCUCAGUGGACGACGGGCCUUGGGAAAAGCAGAAGAGCUCAGGACUAAAUGUCUGCACAGGGACAGGAUCCAAAGCCUGGUCUUAUAACAUAAACAAGAUGGUUCCGCAGACGGUGGAAGAAAUCCUGAACAUUGUGAAACGUCAUGAGCUUGUAAACCUGACUCUGGACAGGGAGCUCAUGGAGAGAGUUGCAAACGAAUACAACGACUCUCUAAUAUUCAGCCCCGAGGAGCAGAGGAUGUUUUUCAGCAUACGGGAACCCAUUGCAAACAGAGUUUUUUCCAGUAGCCGCCAGCGCGGUUUUACCUCUAAGGUGUCCGUGCGCUCUCGGUGUUGGGACGCUUGCAUGGUGGUUGAUGGCGGGACAUCCUUUGAAUUCAAUGACGGAGCAAUUGUGACGAUAAUCAUGGAUGGCGAGGACGCUCUUUGCACCGUACUUCUGGAUGAGUAAUGAGCGGGGAGCCUCCACCUACAAGAACUGUAAAGCCUUCCCCGCCCUCAGGACACCCAGAUAAUGUGCAAGGAGCUUGUGGGAUCAGUACAGCCAUGGAAGAUGCACUAAUGUCUGUUACACAGAGCGCUGCUGCCAAUCCUGCGCAAACCUCAGUCAAGUGACUGUUGUACAUUUGUAUAAAAAAAAAUGAGAAAAAAAUAUCCUGUUAUCCUGUUCUGGGCACAACUGCUGCCAUUUUGAUAGAUAAUUACGCACUUUACCGUUUUUAGCUUUCUUUACAUUUGAUUUUCUAGCACAGCAAUCAGUUGUGGAAUUUGCGGCUGAGCUUCGUUUCUCCAGCUGCUGCUUCCGUCAACUAAAUAUAUAACCUGCCUCCAAA